AUGUCCUCCUGCAGUACACGCAGCUCGGGUUCAUGCAGUGCGCGGGCGCUGCACUGGCCACGAAGAGCAUCUUAUCGAAUGUUUCUCGGCGCGUACACAUCCGUCUGCAGGCCACGCCCCAGCUGCGCUGGAUGGUGGUGGCCCUUCCACUCCAGGGCGUUCUCGCUGGAUGGCCUCCGCGCCUACGCCCGGCUGGGCCUGCCCAGCACUGGCGCGGAGUGCUGCGACUGGUGGGCGUGGGAGGCGCUCACGCUGAUGGCCGGCGCACUCAACAACCCAGCGGAGCUGGCCGGGCACGUGGCCGCCACCGCGGCGUCUGAUUGGCUGUUCUUGGCGGUGCGCGGCGCGCCCAAAGCCGCCACGGUGCUCGUGGGCGCGGCCGCCGGCCGCGGCGACGUCGCCGGCGUCCGGUCGGCCACGCGGGCGUGCGCGGCCUGCUGCGCGGCGCUUUGUGGUGCCCUCGCGCUGGGGAUCUGGGGCUCCAGGGCGGGGCUGGUCGCGUGGAUGCUGCCAGGCGACGGCCUGGCUGCGGUGGUCCUGCGGCGGCUGAUUCCCCUGGUGGUGGCCCAGAUGGUGCUCGACGCCGCCAACAGCCUGAUGGACGGCGUCUUCGCGGGUCUCGGCUUGCAAGGGCCAGCGUCGUUGGGCACGCUGGUCUGUUGUUGGGUGGUGCAGCAGCCCCUCGCCUGGCUUCUGGGCUUCCACUGCGGCCUCGGCGUCGUCGGGCUCCGCCAGGCCGCUCUGCUGGCCGCGCUGCUGCAGACCGCCCACAAGCUGGCGCUGCUGCGCCGCAGCAUCGGCGGCUCGGCCCCCGCGGUGGCGCGGGCUGCCGGGGAGCCGCAGCUCCCUGUCGGCGAGUACGCCGCACUCUGUGCAGGAGCUUAG